AUGAAUCCUUCAUCUUAUCAUUACAAUUUCACACCGUCGGAAACCAUUGGACAUGAUACUGAUCAUUCAAUCAUGAUUACACCAACAAGAAAUGAUGAAGAUAGAAAACAUUCACAACAUGUAAUAAAUUUACCAAUUCAUCAAGAAGAUUUGAGCAGAUCAAAUUUCGCUGAUGAUAUGGCGGGCACAAUAUUAUCAUCUGUUUUAUCUUCAGUGACUGAUGAUAUUACCACAAGAAAAAAUAAUCGACCCGAGCAAAAAUCCUUAAUAUCUGUUUAUGAUAAUUCGAAUGAUGAGCGUACAAUCGGUAUUAUUGGACAUCGAAGUAAACGUUCAAUUGCGUUUGCUAAACGUUUAGUAAGUUAUGGUUUUACUCCUGUAUUAACAGAUGCUAUUGGAAGUACAACAUCAAUUGAAAGUGAAAUUACUGAUAAUAUCCGAUAUGUGCCGAAUACGACAUUUCGUCAAUCAACUCAAAAUACCCCAAUUAUUAUUAUAACUGAACAACCACAUGGAGAUAUUCAAUAUUUAACUGAUGGAAAAUUGGUUAUUGAGUCCAUCGUUCCAGAAUCAAAUAAUCGAUUUUUAUUUAAUAAAAAACAUUUAGAACAACAAUCAUCACUCACAAAAACAUUUUUUAUAAAUCAAUCACGUACUACAUCAAUGGUACGUGCGUUUGGCAAUCUAUCAGCAUGGGAAAUUGAGCAUGACACAACUCAACGUGUACCUGUUUAUAUUCAACAACACUUCGAUAUAUCACCGACAACUAUACCACGUUUAUUAAAAUUUAUUCAUGAACUUCAUUUUCAUGAUACUCGUGUAAUGAAUGAAUAUGACUAUAAUAAUGUGCUAAAAAAACGUACAUUUCAAGGAUGUUUAUUCCCAUUACUAACAACGUUAUUAGUAUUCAUCGUAGCUUUGUUAGUUGCAAUCAUUCGGUGCAGUGGUUACGAGGAAACAAGAGAUUUUUCCUAUUGUAGCAAUAAUCAUUCAUCAAUAUUUCGUAGAGCUAGUUCUGUUACCGGAGCAACUAGUUUAAUCUUAUUAGUUAUACUCUAUUUAAUACGUCCAAUAUUAGAAUUAAUUGAUUUCUUAUCCUAUCAUCUACAUGCAAAGAGUAAUAAAACAAUAACAACAAAACAAAAUAAUCAAUUGACAACUAUACUUAAAGGUUUUAAUUAUUUCAAUUUUGUUCAACGAUGGUUACAUUCAAGACGUUAUUUGACUUGGUAUUCAGUAACAUUUGCUCUAUUACAUAUUCUGUUUCUCACAUUUUCACAAGAACAAUUUUCCCUAAAUCGUUGGCAGCUGUCGUCAUUUUUCAUUGGUAUUAUUACAUUAAUCUUACUAAUUAUAUUAACGAUUGUCUACUUACCAUGGAUAAAUGAAAGAUUAUUAUCAAAUGAAUGGCGUAUUAUUGUAUCGUAUGUGGGGUCAUUGACACUUCUAUUGGGUUUCAUCCAUGUUUUAUUAUUAUUAGUAAAACAAUGGAAUUCAUAUGAGAGUUUAUUUAACUUAACAUUCAUUUCACUAUUGUUAUCACUAUGUGUUGUUAUUGUUCGAUUAAUUGUUUAUGCCAUUAUAUAUCCGCUAUUGAAAACAAUUGAUUGGUUAAAAAGACGUCGAAAUAAGAAUAGUGUUAAGAAAAAUGAACAAAUAACAGAAAGUGGACAACAACCACCACCACAUGUUAUUGUAACAACAAGUAGAGAACACCCGAUCAAUACUAAUACUGCUACACCGCUAUUAAAAAAAACAAAUGAAUAA